AGAAAUGUCAAGUGAGCUUAUAGCACAAAAUUUGCAGAUACCUAAAAAGUCAGAUAUCCAUAAAAAGUCAAGUGAGCUUAUAGCACAAAAUUUGCAGAUACCUAAAAAGUUAGAUAUCCAUAAAAAGUCAAGUGAGCUUAUAGCACAAAAUUUGCAGAUACCUAAAAAGUCAGAUAUCCAUAAAAAGUCAAGUGAGCUUAUAGCACAAAAUUUGCAGAUACCUAAAAAGUUAGAUAUCCAUAAAAAGUCAA